GAUUGUCAAGCGAUGUUUUCAAUUCACAACCCAUAUUAGCACUGGUAGCUCUAGAAACGCUACACAGCUAACACGAUAUUUAUCAUAAACAAAUAAUACUUGGCUUUAACUCUGCUUUUAAAUUGAUAUUUGAAGACUUUAGAAUAUUUUGACAAUAGGUUUUGCGAAAGCGAGGUACACUGGACUGGCUGCCCUUCAAUGGAGGCUCUGUCAAAAACAGCCGCAGCUGAUGCUACGCGUGAAAAGGAUCUCUGUCCACCAGCACGCCGCGGAGUAGUAUCAGACAGCCUGUCACUCACAUCUUAUAAAGAAUAUCCUGCUCACCGUCCUUUCAUUAAUACACUUGUGCACCACACUCCUCAAACACGCACACAUCAGUCAUUUCGCCCAUCAUCACCUGUCAAGGCAUUCCCAGAGACUAGCAGUGCAGCAAUCCUUUCUGCUCUGAGGAACCUUCAGGAGAAGAUCAGGAGGUUAGAGUUGGAGAAAGGAAAAGCUGAGCUUAGUCUACACACUUUGGGGAAAGAUCCAUCAUACACACACGAGCAGAGCAAUCAAGUCCCAGGGAGACUUUUAAAUGAUCAGACAGACACAGAAAAAGAGAUCAGGGAUCAGUCUAACUGCAAUCAAGUGUUAAUCAGCCACCUGGCUGCUGCAGAGUCUCGCUGUGUGAAGCUAGAGAGACAACUGGAUCACAUGAGAAGGAUGCUGCGCAGUGCCAAGGCAGACAGGACCAGUCUGCUCAGACAGCAAGUUAACCCUGUGUGUCUUAAUGCCAUUGGCGGGGAUAGAAAUGCUAAGUCUCUAAGUCUAAAGACACAUCAGAUCUUUGUUUCCAUUGAGAAGGCCAAGCCUGCUGAUAAACAGGCCUACGCAGUGUCUCAGCAUGCCCAGUUGAAGAAACUGGAGCUACUGGAGCAGGAGUAUCUUCGGCUGACACGCACACAAAACAACGCAGAGGUGAAGAUCCGGGAGCUGGAGAUGAAGCUGCAGGAGGAAGAGCACCAGAGAAAACUUGUCCAGGAUAAAGCCAAUCAGCUACAGACGGGUUUGGAGGCGAAUAGGAUUCUGCUGCAGUCAGUGUCACCUUGCCUGUCCUCCAGACAGUCCAAAGAGAAGAAGUCUGACUCAAAGAAAGCAUCACCACAAGCAUUGUCCCAUACAGAACCACACUAUAGACUGAGCCUCAGAGAUGUUCCUUUUGUUGCUGGAACGUCAGUGGGGUGCAGCCACUCAGUCCGAGCCAACGUCCAGUCAGUUUUGUCUCUCUUGAAGCGACACCAGCCCCACCUCUGCAACAGUCAUGUUCUCUCCAAGAACACCAAAGAGACAGGGAACAGGUGGUCAGAUUCUUCCUCCACUUCAUCCUCUGCCAGUGAAGAGGAGCUUUCAGAGCUGCUGCAGGCACUGCAGGAGGAGCUGCGGCUCAUGAGCUUGGAGCAGGAUGAGUUAAUGAGGCAGGUGGAGUCCAGCGUGUCUGAAGAGGAAAGAAGAGAGCUUCAGAGGGAGCAGGAGAGGCUGCUGCUGAAGAUGGAGAGGAAAGGAGAGCAGAUCAGUAAACUCUACAAACACAAAACACAGAUAAAGAAGUUUAGAAAAGAAGCUGUUUCCAGGCGUAAUGAGGUGAGGGCAACAACCACUGUGUCCUCAAGAGGUCACUCUACAGGAUCAGUCAAAGUUCGACCAGGAGAUAGGAGCAGGAGGAACCUGAGGUUGCUGAGGGAUAUGAAAGCUCUGCAGACCUCAUUAAGGACCUAAUAAGGACUUUAAAAAAGAAAGCCAGCUUUAUGAUCUUAUUGGUGCUACAUUCCUAUAGUCAUUAUUUCACCAUCCUCGCAGACACUAACUGAUAAUCACCACUGAAUAUGUUUGACCAAGGUAAAAGAAGUGUCCCUUUAUGAAUAUGGUGGAUUGAAAACUUUUUUAUUCUUACCCUUUAAAGAUAGCAGUAUCAGGCACCAGAUCAAGUGCAUUUAACAAGGGAGAUUAAGCUCAUGAUAGUUUAGCCAUCAAGUGUCUACUGGGCCUUUGAAAUGAAAAUAAUGGGUUUUUUAUUUUUAUUCAACCUAUUCUUUAAAGAUCCCACAAAAAAUGUAUUCGUUACAGCUGCUGCUUCAACCAUCAGCCUUAAAUUCCCAUCUUCUUUUUUAAACUUGAUGUUAAAAUAUUCCACCUGCGGGGGGGGGGGGGUAAACUUCCAAAAUCACAGCUCAGCUUUCUGAAGAUGCUGCUUGGCCAGGUAAAAUAGUUUAAUUCUAAUUUCUUUUACAUUUUUUGGCAUAUAUUUGAUUAAAGAGUCCCAAACAAUACAAAAAGGCUAAAAUUUAAAUAUAUUUCAAAAUAAGCCAAAAGUUCUUCAAACUGAAUCAUUCCAGUGACAUUUUGAUUGAUUGUUACAGAUUUCAGGAUUUCAUUGAGUGUACAGAAACUGCAGCAAUACAAUUGUUUGAUAGUUUUAUGCUUAUUAUAAGCCAUAUGAUGGUGUGCAGGACCUUAAAAAUUACACUUUGCUGUAUUUUGUGAAAGACUAAUCUGUAUGAUUGCUGAUUAAAAAUGUGUGUACAUAUCACAUGCAUACAUGUUUUGUUAAAAAAAAAAACAGAAUAUUUGUAUGUAUAUCUUGAACUGAAUUCUGAUAUUUCUGACAAUCAUGAGUGACCUAUUUUUUGACUGAAAUUUAUUUAUC